UCAAAAUUAAUGAUUUACUUAUAACAGAUAGUGCAUAAUUUACGUACAUAUAGUUAUACACUAUGACCAUACCGUUUACUCUGCUAGAAUUUGUCCAGUUCUUGUGUGGUGCCUGGAUAUCAGUGAACAACACAAUCGCCACUAGACAAAAUUUAGAAUUCGACAAUCAUUUCCGUGACUUGUGUCAAGACGAUGCCCGAGAACUUACCAAUAAGUUCCACGACAGCUGCCAGUUUCUGCAAAGUAUGGAUAGUUUUUUAAUUGGCUUGGAGAAACCUUGUCAGUUCGCUUUCGAUGAUCCUUUGGCCGACAAAGUGUGUCGAUUUUGGCAGAAAUCGGAAUACCCCGCUUAUAAUAUGUACUGGACGUUUUGCCCGCAUUUUCCUUUGCUUAGGUUUAAUUAUUCAAACGGAAUUCCGAGAGAGGUGGGCUAUUUAUACCUGUGCAAGUGGAGUCAUUAUACGAAAGAAUUAUCACCGCGAAUUUUCGAAGCUACUGACUGCGAUGCAGAGACCACAACUAAUUAUUCCGUCAGUCGAUUACACCCUGAAAUAAACAGCUGUCCUGCUCUGGACGCCAUAAUUCAGUUAACUUUCCGCGGAAAUGAUGUCUGCGCUCAGCAAUAUACCCGUGAUAGCGCAACCACUCCUGGACGAGUCUGUGGCUGGUGGAAGGAUCAAGAUGGAAAAAUGCAGGAGAUUGUCCGCAAUCUCAAUGUGGAGUUCUGCAACACCCCAUCCGAGUUCAUAGAUCACUGCGGCACCAAUACGUCGCGGAUGUGGUUUUUUCACGCAUCAAGCGCGCUGGCCAAGAGUCCCACUGCUGCUGCUUUCACGGUGACCUUUCCAGUUCUACUAGCCUUCGCCACCUUCGGAAAUGUGUCAGCAUGGUGAUUUUCGCAUCGGUUAAGGAGAAAAAGACAAGCGCUACGGUUUAUUUGCUGGUGAUCUGCAUUGGCGAUUUCUUGCACAUGUGGUUUCAAGUUCCUCGAUACAUUUCCAUCGUCAAUCGCCGAGUUCUCAAGGAAAACUUAACUUUUAACAGUCUUAUCGGUUUCAUAAAUUUGAUAUUGCACGUCGCCAAGGAUAUAUCCGACUGGGCUCUUGUGAUAUUUUCCGUGGAACGCUCGGUGUCCAUUCUUCGACCACUGCAAAAUCGUGAGCAUGGUCGCACCAGGACAGCGUGGAUCGCGAUGCUGGUGAUACUAGUUGUGCUGCUCGCCAUCAAUGCAGUGGAACCCAUCGCCUCACAGUACACCCUAUCGCGAGCCGGAGUUAGAGUGUUUGAACUCAUGUAUCGAGAUGUUCCGGCACUGGAUGCAGCGUAUCCUCAGUGGAUUCGAAGAUGGAUGUUUGCUGCACUCAUCUACCGGACCGUGAAAAUUGUCGCCGUCUUUGUCAUCCUCUUCGUAGCCGACUCUGUUGUCAUUAUCACAGUGAUCAAGCGACAGCAUGCGUUUAAAGCGCACUCUCGUAAAGGUCGCAUUGGUGGCAUGAAUCUGAUGAUCAUCUUCUCGGCCACAUCGUACCUGUUGACGCAGGUCGUAAUGCUGGUGAAUGAGUUGCUGGUUAUGUCGUAUGUCGCUUGCAUUAUACACACGGACCAAUACUCGUAUCGGAUCUACUGGAAUGUGUAUCCUGUUCAGAACGCUUUAGCGGAUGUUAACCAUUCUGUCAACUUCCUCUUCUAUUCCUAUUCCAAAUCCUACCGCGAAGGAGCUAACACACUACUGGGUUUUGUAAAAGCUGCAAAUGGAUAAGCAGUGUUCACCUUUUCUGUACUCACAACCUGAUAAAAUUCCGUAUGAAAAGGAGCAAAAGGAGUCAAAGACUGUCGAUCGGAAUGGAGCAAAGCAUCGCAAAGGGCAAGCAGAUGCAAUCAUCGUUAAUGAGUAUUUUCUGUAUUUGUGGUGUCGUUGCAAUAGCUAUACAGCCUAUACUAUUAUGGUUUCGUAUCGCACGUGUAUUUGUUUUUAGGUCUUAACAUGUCGGUGUCAGAGCAGCACAGGAAACCGUUGCAGGCUGCGGAUGACGACAUGGAGCUUAUGGUAUUCCCUGGUUUUCCGUCCGCAAAUGAAGCCGUUGACAUGCCGACAAACAUUAAUGCCAAUGAAAUACGAAAUACCGACCAUAAUAACAUUACGAGGCUGCGGAGAGUAAGCGCCCCUACUGCCACAUUUAGCGAAGCAGCUCCACCACGGAUAAGGCCACGCACAGCGAGUACUGUUACUAGAACACGGCAACAGUCAAGCUGAUCUCCAUAGAUUCUCAAAAAGAGUUCUGAGAUAAAUCGGAUUGAAACUUUGCAACACACUCCUUGUCACUGUGAAUUUCAUCAUUUAAAAAAUUUACAAAGGUCGUUGCGGUGUCUAAGCUGAAUAGUUGAUUCAAAGACUAGACCGUCUAGGCAUGGUAUAGAAUUCAGUUUGUGGUAAGAAUUUUCAGAUGUAAUUGUGUGGCCUGCAACGAUACGUAUUGCAACUCUGUAA